AUACAAUGGAAAGGUGUUAAGCCAAAGACUGGUGCACCAUACACUUGUGACGUUGGAUACGAACGAUUCCUUGGACCUGAGGUCUUCUUUAAUCCAGAGAUAUACAGCAAUGAUUUUACAACUUCUUUACCGGCUGUAAUAGACAAAUGUAUCCAGUCUGCACCAAUUGACACACGACGAGCUUUAUAUAAGAACAUAGUAUUGUCCGGAGGCUCAACUAUGUUCAAAGAUUUCGGAAGAAGGUUACAAAGGGAUCUCAAAAAGAUUGUUGAUGCCCGUGUUCUUGCUAAUAACGCACGUACCGGUGGUGAAAUCACGUCUCAACCAGUGGAGGUUAAUGUGGUUAGCCACCCUGUCCAAAAGUUUGCUGUUUGGUUUGGAGGCUCUGUGCUUUCAUCAACUCCUGAGUUUUUCGCGAGCUGCAGAACGAAAGAGGAGUAUGAGGAAUGUGGAGCAAGCAUAUGCCGUACUAAUCCGGUGUUCAAAGGGAUGUAUUAAAAACAAAUAGAAGCUGGUUCGUUAAAUAAUUCACCAGCAUAUGUGAAUGUUUGUCUGAAUGAAACACUCCAUUUUAGAUACUUGUAACUCAA